UCCCUCUCAAGGCCGGCCGGCGCGGCGAGAGCAAGCUCCGCUAGCCAAGAUGUCGGUCCCGGUGGCGUACCAGGGCAACACCUCGGCGGCGAUCGCGGACUGGCUGAACAAGGGCGACAACGCAUGGCAGCUCACGGCGUCCACGCUGGUGGGCCUGAUGAGCAUCCCGGGGCUGGUCGUGCUCUACGGCGGCGUGGUGAAGAAGAAGUGGGCGGUCAACUCCGCCUUCAUGGCGCUCUACGCCUUCGCCGCCGUCUGGAUCUGCUGGGUGGUCUGGGCUUACAAGAUGUCCUUCGGCGAGAAGCUGCUCCCCUUCUGGGGCAAGGCCGGCCCCGCCCUCAACCAGGCCUACCUCAUCGGCCGCGCCGCGCUGCCCGCCACCGCGCACUACCGCGCCGACGGCACGCUGGAGACGGCCAUGAUCGAGCCCUUCUUCCCCAUGGCCACCGUCGUCUACUUCCAGUGCGUGUUCGCCGCCAUCACGGUGAUCUUGGUUGCCGGGUCGCUGCUGGGGCGGAUGAGCUUCAUGGCGUGGAUGCUCUUCGUGCCGCUCUGGCUCACCUUCUCCUACACCGUUGGCGCCUUCUCCGUCUGGGGCGGCGGCUUCCUCUUCCAGUGGGGCGUCAUCGACUACUGCGGCGGCUACGUCAUCCACAUCCCCGCCGGCGUUGCCGGCUUCACCGCCGCCUACUGGGUCGGACCCAGGAACAGGAAGGACAGGGAGAGGUUCCCACCAAACAACAUCCUCUUCACGCUCACCGGGGCGGGGCUGCUGUGGAUGGGGUGGGCGGGGUUCAACGGCGGCGGGCCGUACGCGGCCAACGUCGACGCGUCCAUGGCCGUGCUCAACACCAACAUCUGCACGGCGGCCAGCCUCAUCGUCUGGACCUGCCUCGACGUCGUCUUCUUCAAGAAGCCCUCCGUCGUCGGCGCCGUCCAGGCCGUCAUCACCGGACUCGUCUGCAUCACCCCAGGCGCAGGUGUUGUCCAAGGGUGGGCGGCGCUCGUGAUGGGCGUCCUCGCCGGCAGCGUGCCGUGGUACACCAUGAUGAUCCUGCACAAGCGCUCCAAGCUCCUCCAGCAGGUCGACGACACGCUCGGCGUGAUCCACACCCACGCUGUCGCCGGACUCCUCGGCGGCGUGCUCACGGGCCUCUUCGCGGAGCCGACCCUCUGCAAUCUCUUCCUGCCGGUCACCAACUCGCAGGGCGCCUUCUACGGCGGCACCGCCGGCGGCGCGCAGCUCGGGAAGCAGAUCGCCGGCGCGCUCUUCGUGAUCGGCUGGAACGUGGUGGUGACGUCCAUCAUCUGUGUGGCUAUCAGGUUCGUCGUGCCGCUGAGGAUGUCCGAGGAGAAGCUCGCGAUUGGGGACGACGCCGUGCACGGCGAGGAGGCGUACGCGCUGUGGGGGGACGGCGAGCUGUACGACGUCACCAAGCAUGGUGAGGAUGAUGCCGAGCACGGCGCCAGCGCCACCGUCGCGCCUGUCUGA